AGCACAUCUUUUUCUUUUUGCCGUAAACUCGUAGGCGAUCCGGCGAGAGAAACCGAUCGAAAGGAAAAAGGCCGUGUGGAACUUCAUUUUGAAAGUGAGCUCGGCAGAUUCCCACUGCGCUGGUGAGUUGUGUCGUGGCGGCACUCCCCAUGUCCGUGUCCAGGGAUGGUGGUCGUUGAGGGGUUUGUUGAUUCUACAGCACAGAAAUAGGCGAAUAUCACAACUACUGACUUUCGUUUGUGUUUAUUUCAUCUUUUACUUCGUAAUUUCCACACCAUCGAUCUGUUUCGUUCCCCCCCCCCCCCAACCAGCGGCAUGAACGCCGCAGUACCCCACUGUCAGGAUACGGGUGCGCAUCGUGUCUUCCGCGGCGGCAAUGCGGUUCUCUCUGCAGCUGCCUUUUUCGCCACCCUCGUUCUCUCCCUCGUCGCGCUCAACCCGAACACGAGUCACUACCUACUCGCUCCGCGUCACCGCACACCGGCCCUCCACGAAGUCGGCGGUGGGGUGAUGGCAGGCUUCACACCUGUCGUGGUGGAGGUCAAUCACAGCGCGGUGCUGGUGGUGCCUGCGCCAGUAACCGCCUUGCCAGGCGUCAAUCGCGUGUCUCGCAAGCUGGACUUCGUCUUCACGACACCGUUGCGAAUUGCGGCGGCUGGCUGGGACACAGCAGCUACUGAAUCGCCGCGCCGCUUCACAACUUUUUCCGACGUCCUCUUGGUGCUGCUGCUGCAGGACGAUGCAUCACAUCACGCCUGCUUUUCAUCCACCGCGUCGCCGCAACACGCCUUUCCAUCGACAUUGCCGUCACAUCACCGCAACGUGCUGCAUGUCUGCAGUGCCCUCACCUGCAUCUCGCCCUUUGUACUGCAGCAGUGGUCGAACCGUGGGACAGCGGCGGCCACACUGCACGCACAUCGGCACGGCUCACCCGCGACUGUGCCUUCCUCCACGAAGUGGCCUCGUCUACACAACUUUGCUCUCGUGUUUGGCGAGGUGGAGAGGGCGAAGGCGAUGAUGCGGGCGUUAUCGGAGCGUCACGUUAUGGUGCCUGCUGAGCCAGCGAGUGUGGGCACGGACAUGGUGAUGCCACUGAUCGGGAAAAUGAAGGACGCAAAUGUCGUGGCGUCGUGCUCCCCGUCUGCGUGGUGCAGCUACUCGACCGUCGAAAGGCAGGUGCUGGUAAACACCUCCUUGCAGAUGGAAGCCGAUGCGCUGACCAGCCCGGCCGCGAAGGCACGCGUCUUGGCGGCGUGGGAGAAGGAGUGGUCCAACGCCCCGGGGAACGUGCACUUCGCCCACGCCGCGGUGCGUCAGCGUGAGUUGUCGUCGCUUCUCUUUGGUGAGAAUUACACCUUUCAAAACGUUCCUUUUGAUGUGGUGUACGUCGAUGUGAACGGCGAAAACAGCUUCGCGGCGUUUGUGUUUCUCCGCUCUCUAGCGGCCGCAAAGGCGAAGGUGGUGCUGCCGCGGAGCAUUCUGCUGUCUGUUUACGCGUCGGAAUGGGUGGAUGCUGUGUUGGAUACCGUGAAUGACCUAGAGGCAGCUGGUCACUACAGGGCCGUCCCGUUUGUUCGACAGGGGAGAUCCACCGACGCGACCAGCAGUGCAGUGGAUAGCAACAUCAGUUUUCAACAAUGGCGAGCGGCGCAGCGACGGUGGUUGCACAAGAGCGACUACGACACACCGUUUCUUUCGUACGGCCGUGCCGCGCAAGAGCCGCUGGUGGUGGUGCUGCUCUCAUGUCUGUUUCCUUCCCCCACCCAGUUGCAAGACGUGUUGUGGGAUGCUACUGCUGCUGCUGCUGCAGAGCGGAGUGCUUCAUCACCAAUGGAUCGUUUCUUCUUUCGUUCACUGAAUGUCACAUUGACCGAUGAGGCACAGAUGAGUGCGUUGUUUGACGAUGCCGAAAACGCCCUGGUGGUGGCAGGAGGCUUUACGAGUAAAGUGCGGUCAUUUCUUCACUUUGUGGUGCAGUACAUUUACUUUGUGAUCCCGCUCACCGUGGCGGGUGUGCUGGUGUGGAGUCUCUGUCGACCACGUCGAACACGAUAA